AUGAGCGCGGCCGAGCGCGGCCCCGGCGGGCCCGGGGCGGCUCCCGGGGGUCCCGGGGCGGCUCCCGGGGGUCCCGGGGCGGGCCCCGAGCCCGGCGGGGGCCGCAAAGCGCGGGGCCGGCCCCGCCUGACGGACACGGACCGCGCGCGGCGGCGGCUGGAGUCGCGCAAGAAGUACGACGUGCGGCGGGUGUACCUGGGCGAGGCGCACGGGCCCUGGGUGGAGCUGCGGCGCCGCAGCGGAUGGAGCGACGCCAAGCUGGCGGCCUACCUGCUGGGGCUGGAGCGGGGCCAGCGCGCCGGGCGGCGCGGCAAACCCUGGGAGCAGCUCCCGAAAAAGCCCAAACGCAAAAAACGGCGCCGGCGGAACGUGAACUGCCUGCGGCACGCCGUGCUGUGGUACGAGGACCACGGACAGCGCUGCCCGUACGAGCCGCGGCUGGCGGAGCUGGAGCCGGCGCUGGGGCUGCUCACCACGGCCGUGUGGCAGUGCGAGCGCGGGCACCGCUACUUCCAGGACCUGCACCCGCCCCUGAGGCCCGAGAGCGGCUCCGAGGGCGAGGACGCCCCCGGCUCUUCCUCCUCCUCCUCCUCCUCCUCCUCGUGCAGCUCCUCGGGCUCUGAGGCCGCUCCAGCCCCGGGCGGGGGUCCCGCCGUGCCCCCCCCGCCCCCCCCCGGGGGUCCCGAGCCCCCCCCCGAGGCUCUGGAGGCCGUGCUGUGCCUGCCCCUCCCCAUACUGAGGGGGGGUCCGGGACCCCCGCCCACCACGCUGCUGCUGCUGGGGGGGCUCGGGCUGGGGGGGGUCCUGGGGGGGCUCCAGGAGGGGGGGCUUGGCCUGGAGGGGCUCCAGCAGGGCCCGGGGGGGCUCCAGGUGCUGCUCCAGGGAGGGGGGGGCAGCGCCUUGGCCACGCCCCCCACACCUGAGGAAACACAACUGCCCCAGGGCAAGACAGAGGAGGAUGAGGAGGAGGAGGAGGAGCCACUGCUGAGGCUGAAGCAGGAGGAGCCGCCCCCCCCGCCCCCCCCUCCGGAGCCCCCCCGGGACCCCUCCCCAGCCGAGGAGCCCGAGGGUUCGGCGAUCAUCUACGAGAUCCCCACGGAGCCGGAGAGGCCCCGCAGGCCCCGGCGCAGCCGAAGGGGCCGAGCCCCCUCCCCAGAGCCCCCCGAGGACCCCCCCGAGGAGCCCCCCGGGCCCCUGAGCUGCCCCCACCCCACCUGUGGGCAGGUGUUCGGGACCCUCGGCAGCGUACAGAGCCCCCUGCGCCAGGGGCAGCGCCGGCCCCGUGCCCAGGUGUGCCCCCAGCCCGGCUGUGGGAGGAGCUCCCACCUGGCCCAGCACCUGCGGCGCCACGCGGCCGAGAGCCACGCAGGUGUGCGGGAGUUCACCUGCGCCACCUGUGCCAAGUCCUUCAAGCGCAGGAACCACCUGGAGGUGCACAGGAGGACGCACACGGGGGAGAGACCCCUGCAGUGUGAGGUGUGCGGGUUCCGCUGCCGCCAGCGCGCCUCCCUCACCUGGCACAUGCGGAGACACGGGGGGCUGCAGGGGCACCCCGAGCCCCGCGGCACAUAGGGACCCCCCCCGGGGCACCUGGGACCCCCCCGGAGUCACCUGGGACCCCCCCGGGGCACCUGGACUCACCUGGAACCCACCAUGGACUCAUCUGGGUCCCGCUUGGAUUCACCUGGACUCACCUGGGACCCCCUGGACUCACUUAGGACUCCGCCCCCAGACUCACCUGGGCCCCCCCAGAUUCACCUGUCCCCCCCCCCCCCCCCCCAGGUGCCCUCCCAGGUGCUCCCUGUCUCCCACUCCCUCACCUUUCAUUUAUUUAUUUAUUUAUUUAUUUAUUUAUUUAUUUAUUUAUUUAUUUAUUUAUUUCCUUAUUGUCACUUGUCGUCCCCCCCCGGGGACACCUGGGGGUUUUGGGGAGGGGGUCUGGGGGGGGGGCACAGACCCCUCCCCAGCCCCCACGGGAAUCCCCCCAGCCCCCUCCCCAUUAAAAUCGGGAAUUUUC